AUGGAUGAUUCGGAAGUGAAUAAUCAGUCAUCAUUGCAGAGAAUGAAUAUUAUUAAUUCAUCGUUGGCUGUUCGGGGAGUGUGGAUUUUGGAUGAAGAGAGGAAGAAUUUGUUAUUUUCGAGGAGAUUUCCGACAGUGGAAAAGAGAGCACAGACGCUUUAUCAAUCGGGAGAUGAUUUAGAAUUGAAUAAUUCACCUAUUAAUCAUGAAAAAUUCAAAAAAUCUAUUCAACACUUUUCGUCAAGUAUUCAAAAUUAUGAUGAUGGAUUUAUUUUGGAAUAUUUUAGAAAUUGUAAGAAACAAUAUGAUAUUCUGUCUUGCAAUUUGUCGAGUCAACAAACACUGUCCUUGACAGAUUCUAAUAAUAAUGUGAGACCAAAAAAUUCAACUUCAUCAUUCUUUGAUAAUGCGGAAAUUACUGAUAAUGAAGAAAUGGGCAAGAUUGCCUUUAAAUUACAGGAGGAAAAUUUUUCACUCUUUUCCAUUCAAACAAAAUUCAUUCAGAAAUACAUGGAUGAUCUAUUGGCCAUGUCAACACCUGAUAUCAUAUCUGCAGAGGAUGAGGACUUGUCGCUUUUACUUCCUAUUGAAGUAUCUGCCAUCAAUACUAGCAAUCCAACUCUGAAAGUAAAAACUUCAUCCAAUGAUAAGCUCAAACCAAAUGCUAAAAAGGCUGGACUUAAAUCACCAAGCUCCAAGAAACUGACCUCCUUCGCAAGAAAUAACUCUUCAAAAAGUUUACCAAAUUCUCCUUCCCUUAAUUCCACCACUGAUUCUCUCGUUCCACCUCGUAUUUUCCCAUUCGUAUCGAUUGUAAUGAGUGGUGUUACUUUCAUUACUUUGCCUCUCAUUGUUCCUCCAUCCAGUCCUUCCCCAAUUGAUUUUUCCAAAUUGGAAAAUUGUGUUGAGUAUCCUUGUAUUUCUGGAGCAUUUUGCUUACUGCAAGAUUUGGCCUCCAACUUUUUCCUUGCAAACCAAAAACAUCAAAAAUCUGCAGAAGUCACAAAUUAUCUUCACAUGUAUUUGAGUCAAGCAAUGCCUUUUGGAAGACCUAUAGACACUGCUCCAAGUAAUGUUCAUCACCUCUUGACAAAAUCCUUUCCAGCUCAAGAUCCAGAAUUGACUUCCUGUAGAAGACCAUCUUGGAAAGCUCACUCCCUCUCAUUUGAUCAGCAAAGAAUUCACUUUAUCAUUAGAGAAAAUGUCCUGUCAGCUCAAUUCGACAAGAAGGAUAUUAGUGAUGAAAUUUCAUGUUUUGGAUCUGUUUUAUGUAGUGCAGAAGUGGAUGGAUUCUCUGAUGUGACUGUUUCCCUCAGUGAACUCAAUAAUGUCAAGCAAAUGUCUGUUCACUACUGUUGCAGAGAUCAUCCAGAUGAAAUGAUCAAUCCAGGAGAGUUUGCUAGUCUUUCAUUUUCACCACCAUCAGGAGCUUUUGUUCUUUGUAAAUAUAAUAUUGAAAAUUUAAAGAAACCACCAGUGAGAGGAUACUAUCAGAUGAGAGAGUUGGCCGAUAAUAAGAUUGAAUUUUUAUUGCAACUUGGAAUAGACUCAUUGGAUUCUCAAUUUGAUUACUGUAAUGCUCUGUUACCAUUCCCCAAUAGAAGUGAAAUUUCUGACAUUUCCUAUCAAGCUUCUCAAGGUCAAUUGACAAAAGGAAAGGGAAGAAAUACACUCGUUUGGACUAUUGGAAAUAAGUGGAAAACAACUGAAAUGUCGCUCAGUGCAACACUCACCUUCAAUUCGGCUGAAUUUGUUAAGGAUGUCUCUGAUCCAUUCUUUGUCAAUAAGAAUUCUCUUGUUCGAUUGCAGUACAAAUUGAUUGGAAAUACUGUUAGUGGUCUCAUUAUUGAUCCAAAGACUGUCUCUCUCAACUCAUCUCUCAAACUAGAAUCCAUAACAAUCAAGAAAGAAGUAGUCUCUGAGGAUUGUGUGAUUUACAAUUCCCGAGGUGAUGUAAGACACGUUCAAUAAAAAUUGUACUGAAUCGC